UAUUAAAAUGUCUUCUGAGAUUAAGCUGGUGUAAGGAUGUUCUGGUGUAAGCAUCUAAGAUGACCAUGAAUCUGAAAUGUAAAGUGAGAAGGAAUCUGAAUCUUACAUAGAUGUCAUCCUUGUGUGGGACCAGUGACUGCUCUUCAGACACAUGUCCAGCCUCAACAGAAAAGCAGGAUGCAGAGCACCCACGGGUCCUGAUCCCUGAACUGUGCAGGCUCUUCUACCAGCUGGGAUGGGUCACCGGCACAGGGGGAGGCAUUAGUCUCAGGAAAGGCGAGCACAUUUACAUCGCUCCUUCAGGCGUUCAGAAAGAGAGAAUACAGCCUGAGGACAUGUUUGUGUGUGACCUGGAGGAGAGAGACAUCAGCUGUCCUCCAACCUGGAAGAACCUCACCAAGAGUCAGUGCACCCCCCUCUUCAUGAAUGCCUACACUAUGAGAGGAGCCCAGGCGGUGAUCCACACUCACUCCAAAGCCGCGGUCCUGGCCACGCUGCUGUACCCAGGCACAGAGUUCCGCAUUACGCAUCAGGAGAUGAUCAAGGGCAUCCGCAGGGGCACCUCCAAAACAAACUACAGAUAUGAUGACACACUAGUGGUGCCUAUCAUCGAGAACACCCCAGAGGAGAAGGACCUGAAGGAGCGCAUGGCCCGAGCUAUGGAGCAGUACCCAGAGUCCUGUGCGGUCCUGGUGCGCAGGCAUGGGGUGUACGUGUGGGGGGAGUCCUGGCAGAAGGCCAAGACCAUGUGUGAAUGCUACGACUACCUGUUCGACAUGGCCGUGCAGAUGAAGCAGUGUGGCUUGAACCCUGCAGCCCCGCCCACAGAGAAGGGCAUUGUCUGACUCCGCCCCCCGCUGCUCACCCACAAUUCCACAGCACCCGGCCUUCUGGAAGAACAGACUGUAAUCAUGAGCCAUUGACUGUGGUUGUAGAGCUCUGAUGAGGGGCCAUGGAAAGAAUCGGAAGGAAACUGUGAGGCAUUUAAACAUGUGGAAUCAGAUCACAUGGUUCACUGUGUUAUAGUCUGAGAUUGACAAUACAUAUGCUGCUGUCAAUAAAGGACAUGUGUUUGGUUAACA